AUGUAUAAUCUAUGUUAUCUCUUCCAGAGUCCCGAAUCGGAAUCGGAUAGCAGUUCCUUGUCGGGAGCAAAAAGUCCCGCUGGCGGGCCACUACUGCUGCAGCAGUUGCUGCAGUUGCAGCUGCAGGGGCAGAACCCGCAAGCGAUAGCACAGGCUUACAUGGAGAUGUGUGUGCAGUUCCAACAGAUGAUUGCUGCGUUGGCUGCCCUCGGCUCGGGGCUGGUUCCGCCGGCGCUGCCGCAGGCCUGGAUGAUGCAGAGGCUUCCAAGACCACCGCUCGAUAGGCUAGACGCAGAGAAGGUGGGUGCAGGAAGUGCCUCUCCCACCAUAGCGGAGCAACCCCUGGACUUAAGCGCCAAGUCUACUUCCAGCACCAGCGGCACACCGCCGCCGGAAAACAAAGGACAGGAUAAUGCGAGGUAA